CCAGCCAUCAAAGCACAAACAGGAAUUUGGAGUAGCACUACUCCAGCAAUUAGAAGGUUUCCUAUUUUGUAGUUUGCCGGAGGAUGGGUCGUGUCUCCGCCAAUGCCAUUGCCCUUGUGGCACUAUUCUCGGCCGUGCUCGUCACCUCCGGGCAUUCGCAGAGCUACGACGCCGCUAGAUCCUACAACUCCGGCGCCUGGCUCCCCGCCAAGGCCACCUGGUACGGCGCCCCUACCGGCGCCGGCCCCGACGACAACGGUGGUGCAUGCGGCUACAAGUUCACCAAUCUGUACCCGUUCUCGUCCAUGACCUCCUGCGGCAACGAGCCUCUGUUCAUGGAUGGCGCGGGCUGCGGCACCUGCUACCAGAUCAAAUGCACCAGCGUCAACAACCCUGCCUGCUCCGGCCAGCCGAAGAUCGUCAUGAUCACCGACAUGAACUACUACCCGGUCGCCAGGUACCACUUCGACCUGAGCGGGACGGCGUUCGGCGCCAUGGCGAACUACGGCCAGAACGACCAGCUCCGGCACGCGGGCAUCAUCGACAUGCAGUUCAGGAGGGUGCCGUGCAACUACCCGGGGAUAAACGUGAUCUUCCACGUGGAGGCCGGGUCGAACCCGAUGUACCUGGCGGUGCUCGUCCUGUUCGCGAACCGGGACGGGAACGUGGUGCAGAUGGACGUCAUGGAGUCCAGGUACGGCGGGCCGACCGGGUACUGGAUGCCGAUGAGGCGGUCGUGGGGCGCCAUCUGGAGGCUGGACUCGGGCCACCCGCUGCAGGGGCCCUUCUCCCUCCGCAUCCGCAGCGAGUUCGGCGCCACGCUGGUCGCACACCAGGCCAUCCCGGCCGACUGGAAGCCCGACACCAACUACUGGUCCAACAUCCAGUACUACUAGCUCGAUCAACCGCGUCAUGUGGAUCGAGGCCGAGUUGCGUUAACUGAUCGAUACUGUAUCGUGCCAUGUGUUGUCCUUGUCCAUACCAAAUUUAGUAGUACCACGAGUCUACGAUGGACCGAGGGUUUUCCACUAGGCUUACUUUCCAUGCAAAAUUGUGGGUCGUGAAGAUUAUUUGUGGGAGUAGUAUCCAUGUGCAUGCUAUGCACGUACGGCCACUAUCGCAGUUCCACCCAUGCCCGAUCGAGUGUAAUCAAAUCAAGCUUAUAAAUUAUGUAUGAUUCAAAAUUAUUGAUAUGAUUGAUCGAGUGUCUGACUAGUAUA